CGUGCCAACACAAGGUUGAAAUUGUUACGUUAAGGUUAAUAUUGCUACAUGAAAGGGAAGUAAUAAUCAGAAGACAUAUAAUCGACAUUUUUAUCUGUCAUGGAGGCAAAUUUGACGUGGAAUGGGACUUUUUCGUCGACUCGAACUUUUGCAUCCCCAUUUGAAUGUUACUAUGUGCGAGUUAUUUUUAUUGUCUUAUAUGGAAGCGUUUUUACUAUCUGUAUCCUGGGAAAUUUAAUGGUGUUGACCGCCAUUGUUCGGAGCGUCCGAUUACGUAGCCUGACUAACUUUUUUCUGGCUAACCUGGCGAUCGCCGACUUCAGCGUUGGCGUCUUCUGUGUUCUUCCUACGCUGUCAACAUUUCUGUCACAGGCAUGGCUUCUAGGAAGAGCUAUGUGCAAGAUUUAUUACUUUAUGUGGAAUCUGAGUUACACCGUAUCAAUCCUGAUUCUGACGGCCAUUGCGGUUGAGCGCUAUAUCGCAAUAAGGUUCCCUCUGAAAGCGCGAGGAUGUUUCACGUCAAAGCGACUUAUCUUGACACAGGUCAGCAUCUGGCUGAUAGCGGCUGUGUACAGUACACCUUAUAUUCUCAUAUUUGACACCAUAUCCACUGUGAACAUGGACGGACAAACUGUAGACUACUGUUUCUAUAGAAAUAGAUGGAUUAACAUGAAAAUGUACACGACAGCUAAUUUCAUAGCGUGGUACAGUAUUCCUUUGUUAAUAAUGACGGCCAUUUAUUACUGUAUUAGUAAGGUGCUAUGGAAAACGAGCUCGGCCAACCGGUUUACGUCAACGAAAGGGAUGGGCAAGCAAUCGGAGAAGUAUGCUUUCACCAGUAGCUCUCAGAGCUCGGGCCUCGGGUCACAACUAAUUAAACUCAGAGGGAUCAACGAGACGGACUGCGACAUCGUGCAGGAAGAGCCACUUUCCCUCAAGAGCAGCCGAGCGUACCCUAUGAAAAGAGCACACGAUUGCAGGCCUGCUUAUAGCGCGAAGAACCAUUUCUUGCGCGUGACGUCAUUCAUCUCGAGACAUGAAAGCACGAAUACGUCAAAGUCCGCCCCUGUUGAGCUGUGUCGUUUGGGAAACACGAUGAAGGCGGUCAGGAGCCGCCGCAAAGUUAUCCGCUUACUUCUUGCGGUGGUGGUGCUAUUUGCGCUUUGCGUUCUUCCCCACCACAUCCGUUUGUUGCUAAAAUGGUGGGAAAUUAAGUCGGCCCUAGACGCGGGGAUUUUUUCGCCCAUUUCUUUUUUGAUUCUCUAUUCGAACAGUGCUUUUAAUCCCGUUUUGUAUGCGCUUUUUUCAGCCAAUUUCAGAAAAAGCUUUAAGGAAUUCAGUCCUCUGAGAUUUUUGCGUCGGAGGCAUCGGCCUAUGCUUUUCCAAGAAAUGCAUUAUUCCGUUUAAAACCUGAACGGCAUAUAGCAUUUCUUUAAAAAGUAUUAAACCAAGGCCAAGUCAUAUUUUGAGCUUGUUUAUUUGACUUUUAAGAGUGUUUGUUCUUUUAGUAAUACCGUGGACUUAAAAGGAAAACACUUUAUUAUUUUUUUUUAUCUAUGUCAAAGUGAAAAACAAGAUGUCAGUUGAUUUUUCUAGGAUAUUUCUAGACCUCUUUCAAUUACAACAGGAUUUUUACGAUACCAGGUUUUAAAAACAAACAUUCAGAAAUACCUUAAUUUAAUGAGGCUGAAAAAUUAACAAAGAAGAUGGGGGAAUAAGAUGGCCAUUCGGUUAAGUAGUGAAAUACAAUUUUGAAUUUAUUUUUUCCCAAUUAAAUCUAUUCAAAUAUAUUAUAAUACGAGUUUGCAAAAGCACAAUUUCUAACUAUAUUCCGUUUUAAUAUAUUUAACAAAAGAUAAGAAAAUAAAAUGUUUCCAGAAUUUUUUGCGGUAUCGAACCCUAGAUCUAUAAGAUUAGAUUAUGUCAGGUACUCUAACCACUGAGCCAUUUCAGACACAACAAAUUAGGCUAUUUAAAUAUUAUGUAUGACUUUGACCACGAAUUUACGGACUUGAAUUAUUUUUCUCAAAACAUUCAGUUGUUAGGAUACAAAAUGAUAUUUUUAAUGUAUAGUGGGUCAUCUCUCCACGUUUUUGUUAAUUGAAAUCGGUUUGUUUUGUUUUCCAAAAGACCUUAUUUAGACUAUGAGAAAAAUAUGGAGCACAGACCCAACUCUAUUAAAGAAAAUGCCUUGAAGUUCUAAAAAUGGGAGUAUUUGCAGGUUUUGAUACGUAUACGCCUGUUUGAGUCAACAUAUUCCAAGUAUUGAAUAUGUUUUUAGGUUAAAAAUAAAUGAUAUGUAAAAUGUAUAUUGUUUUAAAUGAUUUUUAAAAAAAUAUAUCAGAUUUAUUGAUAUUUUAAUUUUUCAGUAGCUUGUCCCACCGUGUAUGGGCAUUUUACACGCCUUUAGUUAUCCACCCAUCUUCUUUCAAAUUUCAAUAAUUUUGGACUUGGGAUAGCAUGAGUUUGAUUGUAAUUAUUGCAUUCCUGCAAAUAAAGAGUUGUCGAACGUCCUUGGAAGACUAACCACUUUAAUUAAUACAAAUGAGUUUUUAUAAAAUUCUGAAUGCUCAAAAAAUCUGUUUACAGUUUGUAUAUAUAUACAUUAUAUAUUUUACAUAAGUUAUCUUCACGUUACAAAACAAAUAUGUAUAUAUAAAUCUAUAUUUUGUACAUCAAUUUAUUUUUAAUCUGUAAAUCAUAUUUUGAAUGUUAUAUAUUGUACAUCUAUGUAUGAAUUAUCUGUGUAUUAUAAAAUUAAAGGAAGAUUUUGAUUUAAAUUUGAGGUGCAAUGGAUCGAUUUCAAUGCCAAGAACAAAUCGGCUCAUAUAAAGAAAGAGUUUGCAGUGAGUGGGUAAAUCAUUUGAAGAUUUGGGUGAUUAAUCUUUUUGAAAAUGGUUCUAAAAUGGCAUUUAACGUUGCGGAUGUUUAUUGUAAUAAAAAUUAGUACCCGAUAUCUUGGAAAAAUAACGAAGAAAAGCUUAACA